CUGGGGUUGGUGUUGUAGAUGUGGACACACCUGCGUCGGCCCGUGGGCGCGGUGAUCGGCAUGGUGGGUCAGUUCGUAGUGUUGCCAGCCAUGGGCUUCUUGUUCGCCGUGAUGUUCAAGCUGCGUCCCUACGAAGCCCUGGGCGUUCUGGUGGUCUCCUGCAGCCCCGGGGGCUCCUUCUCCAACUUCUUCACCUACUGGGCUGACGGAGACCUGGCACUCAGCAUCGUGAUGACUGCAUGCUCGUCUCUCCUGGCCUUCGUAGGGAUGCCCUUCAACCUGUGGAUGUACUCACGGUAUUGGCUGAACGAAGACGACGAGGAUAACAUCGUCGUGCCCUUCCGUAACAUUAUCAUGUCCUUGGCCUUCAUCACCCUCCCCGUCGUAGUGGGAAUGAUCAUCAGGCACUUCAGCGAGAGAGCUGCCGGUAUCAUCACCAAGGUGGCGAGCAUGCUGGGUUGGCUGGGAGUGUUAAUAAUCUUCGUGAUCUGGGUGAUUCUGUAUGGGCGUUCCUUCGUGAUUGCUACGCCACUCAUCUACGCCGCUGCUUUCCUCCUUCCGAUCACCGGUUUUACUCUAGCAUACGCUAUCGCCAAGCUCACCUGCAGGAGCCACAAAGUGUGUCGCACCAUCGGUAUAGAGACUGGAUGCCAGAACAUGCCUGUCGCACUAAGCGUCAUCAGUCUAUCCUUCCCUGAGCACAAGACGCGGGCGCAGAUCGUCAUCUUCCCCACGCUCUACGGCCUUAUCUUGAUUCUCGAGGUGUUCCUGGGCAUAUUCUCUUUCAAGAUGUAUAUGAAGAGAUGUUCUUCCCAAGACCAGCCAGACGUCGAUGUCUCCAUGACCUACACAGCCAAGACUGAGAAAGGAACAGCAGCAGAAAAGCAACUUGCCAUAGUCACUAGUUGAUUAAUAUGAGAGAGAGAGAGAGAGAGAGAGAGAGAGAGAGAGAGAGAGAGAGAGAGAGAGAGAGAGAGAGAGAGAGAGAGAGAGAGAGAGAGAGAGAGAGAGAG